CCUGUCCACCAGAAGGGUCCCGGUCUUCAUCUGACCCCAGUGCCGAGCGAUUGCAGCCCUCGCCAGGUUGCUCUGAGAAAUGGCGGGAUACAAAGAUGGCUCGCCUAAGUUCGAAGAUGGUGCGCCGUGGAGCAAGAGUUCCAUGCCAGAGAAGGUCAUCGAGAAGAACAUCGUCCUUUUUGCUGCUUCCAGAGCAGCUACGCCUGAGACAAUUGCUGGCAGGAUCCACGAUGGUGUGAUGAAAAUGCUGAAAGGUGCCGGCUUCGAUGCGAAGCGGCCAGAUCGACUGGAUGUGGCCAUGUGCAAAGAGCUUCCCAUCAAGCUGGUUUAUCUACCCGCAGCGGACAUUCCAAGCUACGUGAUGGAAGGCAACGUGGAUGUCGGUAUUUGUGGAAGCGAUAUGCUGGAGGAGGCAAUGACAGAAUCCGGGUAUGCGAAUGAUGAGGCACCCAUUGAGGUUAUGCUGAAGCUUGGCAUUGGCAAGUGCAAGCUUUGCUUGCAGGCGCCGGCUCAGUUUUGUGACAGGCCUGCCAAAGACUUUGUGGGCAAGCGCAUUGUCACCUCGUUUCCAGCAUUGACAAAGCGCUUCUUCGAUGAGCUCGCUGGGCAGGAUAGCCAUGAUACUCACAUCAAGGAAGUGUCAGGCUCAGUGGAGGCGGCGUGCGGCCUCGGGCUGGCAGAUGCAGUGGUCGACCUGGUUGAAACGGGAACAACCAUGAAGGCUGCAGGUCUCGAUAUUGUGGCAGAUGUCUUAGAGACAGAGGUUCUACUUUUUCAGCAAAGACCAUCAGAGGCCAAUGGUCUGGAGAGCGGCAGCAAGGCUGAGACCCUGAAACUCAUCGAGAGAAGAAUAGCAGGCUACCUGACGGCCACAAAGUAUGUGAUGAUCAUUUGCAAUUGCCACCAUGAUGACUUGGCAGCUGUCUGCGCCCUGAUGCCCGGCAAGAGGUCUCCCACCGUCACUGAGCUGAAAGAGGAGCAGUGGCACUCCGUGUCUUCUUUGGUUAGGAUUGACGAAUCGAAUCGCAUCAUGGACGAGCUUGCGAAGGCUGGUGCAACCGAUGUCUUAUGCCUCGCUCUGAGCAACACGCGCAUGUGAGCUGUCCAGGGUAGCGAUCCUGGAGGGCUCUAGACCGAAGCGGAGCUUCGUCUCUUAUGGCGCGGAAGGGCUGUGAAAGACUUGCAGCGGACUUCGGGCGCACCAUUUUCCGUUGGCACUUGGAUGGGGAAAGUGUUGA